AUGUCAAAUAGAAAAGGAUCUAAUUUGGAUGACUUUACCACUCCAAGUUCACCAUCAAGAUCUACAACUUCAAGUCUAGGAAGUAUCCCACAUAUGAUCCCACAAUCCCCAAGAAAGAAAAAGUUGGUUUAUAGUGAUCGUCAUAUACCCAAUAGAUCGGGUGUUGAUUUACAGGCUGCUUUUAGUGUGAGUAAUGAUGACUUAACCCGUCAAAGACCUUUGGGAUCUUCAAUUUCAAAUGAUUUAGAAUAUAGAAAAGAGGAAGAGGCAAGCAGAACGUUCAAUAAAAUCUUAAAAAAUGAAUUAUUUGGUGAUAAUAUACCCAGUGCUUCCUCUACAAAUUCUGUUGAUUCAGAUAACAAAUCAAAUAAUACCCAAAUAACACCACCAAGAACUGGAGAUGAUAAUUCCGCUUCAACUUCAACAUCAAGUCUACAGAGAACUCCAAGACAUCAACAAAAUCAUACAAAUCUUUUCUCAUAUCAAUCUCCAAAUAAAAGUCGACCAACUUCGAGCUCUAUAGAAAAUGAUUUGUAUUCACUUUCUCCAGUUAGGGUUGAUUCACAAAGAUUAUUACUUUCUCCAACGAAAAAACCAAGAGCCAUUUCUAAAGUACCGUAUAGAGUUUUGGACGCUCCAGAUUUGGUUGAUGAUUUUUAUUUAAACUUGUUAGAUUGGGGCUCUCAAGAUAUUUUAGGUGUUGGUUUAGGAUCAAGUGUUUAUCUAUGGAAUGCUUCAUCAGGUUCUGUUGAUAAAUUAUGUGAUUUAAGUCAAAAUGAUAAGAUUACAAGUCUAUCUUGGAUAGGAUCUGGUAGUCAUUUAGCUAUUGGGACUAAUAAUAGCGCAGUUCAAAUCUGGGAUGCUGCUACAUCAAAAUGUACAAGAACGAUGACUGGACAUGAUGGAAGAGUAAAUGCAUUAAGUUGGAAUGAACAUAUAUUAAGUUCAGGUUCAAGAGAUCGUACAAUUCUUCAUAGAGAUGUAAGAGAUGCUUCACAUUAUGUUGGAAAAAUUACCAGUCAUAAACAAGAGAUUUGUGGAUUAAAAUGGAACGUUGAUGAAAAUAAAUUAGCUUCUGGUGGUAAUGAUAACAAAUUAUAUGUUUGGGAUGGAUUAAACACAAGAGAACCAUUACAUAGAUUUGAACACAAUGCAGCAAUCAAGGCUUUAAGUUGGUCUCCUCAUCAAAGAGGAGUUUUAGCUAGUGGGGGUGGUACAACUGAUCGUCGUAUAAAGACAUGGAAUGUUUUAAAUGGUACAAAAUUAACCGAUAUUGACACAGGUUCACAAGUUUGUAAUUUAUGCUGGUCAAUAAAUUCAACUGAAUUAGUUUCUACUCAUGGAUAUUCCAAAAAUCAAAUUAUGAUAUGGAAAUAUCCACAAAUGCAACAAAUUGCUUCAUUGAGUGGGCAUACUUAUAGAGUUUUGUAUUUAGCAUUGAGUCCCGAUGGUCAAACUGUUGUGACAGGUUCAGGUGACGAAACUUUGAGAUUUUGGAAUGUUUUCGAAAAAAAUAAACAUGAUACUGCUCCACAAUCUGUUUUACUUGAUGCAUUUAUGCAACUGAGAUGA